AUGGGAGGCACAAGUCCCAUAGGUCGAUCCCGUAGUGAUGCUGUCCAUCUGCACACUGGCACUGGCGGGGUCAUUCCUUUGCAGAACGUGACGAUCCUUUUUCUUGCUCUCAUAUUUUCCUUGCUCUUUAUUCUCGCUUUGUCGUGUUCGUUCCUCGGUGCCGAUGAGGAAGAUGAACCUCUUUUCAAAAGCAUGUUGAACGACAUCGCAGCGAAUGAUCCAGGUGUCGUCCUAUUGGGUGAAAAUGUCGACGUCGACGUUGGCGAGCCUUCCAUAACUAUCUCAUGGUCCCUCGUUGCAUGUGGAGCCAGUUUUGAACUCGACUCGAGCUCUGGUGUUCACCAGAGUCAAUGUGGGCUGCCUUCGAUGGCCCUAUGGGUUUACGCCGAUAACUCUCCUGAACCUAUGGCUAUAUAUGAUCCUUCCGCAAUCCCAUUCGCUCGUAAAACGGGUCAGCGGCGCAGAAUUGAGAACCUCGUUCGAUUUGACAGCGAUCAUACGCUGGAUGUCCACAAGGCUCACUUGUACCCAUUUGAUACGUAUCUUCUGGCCAGCACUUUGCGGGCCGUCGAUGCUUCAAACACGACAGUUCCCAUUCGGAAACUCUCCACGAUCGAACAAGUAACCAGUUUUAUUGUCGCAACUGACGACGUCGAAAGCUACGAGAUAAUCAAUGGGACUCAAGCUCCCACUCGCGACUUUGAUUUAUAUGUGACGAGGCCUGGACAAUUACGGUUCUAUGCCUUGGCACUCUUUGGUGUCAACUGGAUGCUGUCUCAUGUCACCAUUGCACAUGUUCUACUGGCACGCAGACUCGCAGAUAUCAGGUCCAUGACAAAGCAUCUGGUUUCUGCCUUUGCUAUCCUUCUUGUCAUCCCGCAGCUGAGGAAAUCGAUGCCAGAUUCUCCGGCUCUUGAUGACGACUACAUUGGUCUCAUACCGCAGAUGAUUAUUUCUGCCUCAUGUGUCCUUACCAUAUUGCUCCUCAUAAUGCUGCGUGAGUACGACGAAAUGGAGGGCAGACAGACUCCCCGCCAAAUUACGAUGCGGCCAGUGCCGGUCCCGCCUCCACGGCCGCCCCCGCCGCGCACUGCCAAAGUGCCUUCCAAACCCCCUGCACCUCCUGUUCCACCACGGAAAUCACCACUUAAACCCUUUCUCCUCGGAACCAAAGUGCACACCAGAUCGACCGCUAUGGAACGUGGGGAGGCGUCCUGCUUGAAGGACGAGCUCAACACAGGAUUCAUUUUCCCUCCAAUACCACAUGCAAAUGGUAUCAUUCAUCACCGCUCUCGUUCUUCGCGGUCCCGAUUAGGCACCAUAGGUCUAGGAGGACCGUCCGGAAGUGCUUCGUCGUCCAGGUCAGCUACGCUCAAGUCCGUUAAGGAGUGA